UCGCAAGUACAGCGGCAAAUGCCUCGCACGAAUUUGACGUCAUCAAGUGGAUUAUAGUUGGUGGUGGGUAGCACAGUUUCCCGACCGUCCACCGGCAGCUUUCCAUUCGUUGACCAAUGAAUCAUCAAGAGACAUUUGAUAAAGGUGUGGAAUACCGCUUGCAAGGCAACGAGGCCUUUAAAAAAGGCGAAUAUCAGCAAGCGCUAAGGAGUUACUAUCACGCAAUUUUGCAUUUACGCACGGUGGGUGGCAAUGAGAAAAAGGACGAAUUCAAAGAAGCAUCUGAAAAGCAGCUGGUGACGAUUUACAACAACAUGUCAGCCGUGUACUCCAAGCAAGACAAAUGGGACCGUGUUCUGGAAUAUUCUCAAAAGGCCCACUCUCUGGAUUCGUCCAACAUUAAAACAAAGUUUCGUUUGGCUCAAGCAUAUUUACGGCGGGGUGAUGUCGACCGCGCCAAACCACUUUUGGAAAGCUGCCUGGAGAAUAAUCCCAAUGAUGGAUUGGUGAAACAGGAGAUGGCGCAGUUGAAGAAAUUAGAACAAUCCCAGGAGGCCAAAGAAAAGUCGGUCUAUCGAAACAUGUUUGCGAAACUCCAAACGGACAAGUGAUCCUGAUCCUGUAGACAAAUGAUCCUUGAACAAGGUUUUAAGGUUUCCAAAAAUUGGCCAACUGUAUACACACUUUUUUGUCCAUUUUUGCUUGUGGAAUGAGUUUGUUUUUUUGGAUAUUAGUUAUGAUUCGGUGAGGGCAAUCACCAUAAUAAAACAUGCAAACAACAUAAUCAGU